CGUAGACUACAGCGUCGGAAGUACAGUACACCAGGCCCUAAUUUUGUCUGGCACAUCGAUGGAUGGGAUAAAUUGAAGCCUUAUGGUUUUUAUGUGCACGGAUGUGUGGAUGGGUUCUCGAGGCGCAUACUUUGGCUGGAGGUGGGAUCGACUAACAAAAACCCAAACGUUAUAUUAAAUUUUUUCUUAAACACAGUUCUUCAGCUAGGUGGUGUACCAAGACUUGUACGUACAGACAAGGGAACAGAAAAUGUAUGGGUCUCUGUUAUGCAGCGAUUGUUGCGAAUGGACGAUCAAGACCGUCUCUCCGGAGCAAAUAGCUAUAUUGAAGGAAAAAGUAGCGCUAAUCAAAGAAUUGAAGCAUAUUGGUCAAAACUAAGGUCAGGUGGAGGAGGUUGGUGGAUCAAUUUCUUCAAAGAUUUGCGCGAUUCUGGCAUAUAUUUGGAUCAUGAUCCACUUCACAUGGAAUGUCUAAAGUUCUGUUUCAUGCCGGUCCUGAGAAAAGAACUUCAUUCGGUAGCGGAGAUGUGGAACAUUAAGAGCAUUCAGACUAAAAAAAAUGCAGAUGUUAUAGGAGGAAAACCUGAUGUUAUGUUCUUUCUUCCCGAGUCCUAUUCAACUAGAGAUUACAUGUUAAGGGUUGACAAAGACGACGUCAAGMUGUGUAAAACAUUGUAUGGAGAGGACAGUCGCGAUCAAUCAGAGGAAUUUGAAGCCUUGGUACAAAUUCUUAUCCCUACCUUCAGCGUACCGCAAAACACGCAAGAUGGAUUGAGACUUUAUACGCAGAUAAUUGACAAUAUCUCUUGUGAAGUUAUUUCUAAAAUGAACUGUUACAGAAGUAACAGGGAUGAGUGCUCGACCCCCGUUUUGGAUAGCAAGCUGUUUUAUUGUUCGUCCGUCUGGGCAAUCAUGACAAGGAAGAACAUUGUUCSCCUUCAAAAGGUGCAGAAUUUUGCGGCGCGAAUUGCGACUGGAGCAAGGAAAUUUGAUCAUAUUAUGCCCACUUUAAAGGAUCUCCACUGGCUACCGGUUGCUAAGCAACUGAAGGUUAGAGAUGUUUSUGAUGGCACUUGUGAUGGAUCAAGGGACUAG